AUGGGCGAGAAGCUCUCCAAGGAUCCCAGCCAGCACGCUUACACUUCUUCCGAUGCACAGCAAGAUACACAGGAUGCUCAGUCGAUCGAACAUGUGCAGGAAAUCUCGGGCGUCGUCACACCCGCGGCCGCACUCGACCCUGACUCGGAGGAAUACAAGCAAUUCGAAAAGCGACUCGUUCGCAAGAUCGACCUCCGUCUGAUGCCCAUGCUCAUCCUCCUCUACAUCCUUAACUACAUUGACCGCAACUCGAUCUCGACAGCCAGAGACAAUGGACUGGUUCGUGACCUCAACUUGACCGACCAGCAAUAUCAGACUGCGCUCAGCAUCCUGUUUGUCGGCUACAUCACCUUCCAGAUCCCUUCGAAUCUUCUCAUGACGCGAAUCGGCCGCCCUUCGCUUUACAUUCCCACUUUUGUAGCGCUCUGGGGUAUCGUCUCGGGUUGCACCGCCGCCACCAGGGGCUACCACUCGCUGCUUGCCGUCCGCAUCUGCUUGGGUGUCGUCGAAGCGCCUUUCUUCCCAGGUGCUCUGGCGCUGCUCGGCUACUUUUACAAAAAGGAAGAGAUGGCUACGAGGACCGCCCUGCUCUUCUCCGGUAGCAUCAUCAGCAAUGCAUUCUCUGGUUUGAUCUCGGCUGGCAUCUUGAAGGGCAUGCAAGGCAAGGCUGGUUUGACAUCGUGGCACUGGCUGUUCAUCUUGGAGGGUUCCAUCACGGUUGUGAUUGCAGCCUUAGCCGUGUUUGUUCUGCCCGACAUGCCAGGUAACUCCAAGUUCCUGACGCCCGAGGAGCGCGAAUUUGCGGUCAACAGGCUUUCCGUCAACGCUGGCUCAACUCUGUCAUCCGACGACGAAGAGGGAACGCCUAUGCAGGGUUUCUUGAUGGCUGUCAAGGACAUCAAGGUCUGGGUUCUGGCUUUCAUGCUCACUGCCGUCACAGUCGGCGUAGGUUUCAACCAGUUCUUCCCCACCAUCGUCGGCUCUCUUGGCUAUUCUAAGACGGUCACGCUCCUUCUCACUGCUCCCAUCUGGUUCUUUUCCUUCCUCGCUUGUCUCGCCAAUGGUCUUCACUCGGAUCGCGUGCAAGAACGAACGCUGCACAUCAUCGGACCGCUCGUCCUCGGCAUAGUCGGAUUCAUCAUCGCUUCCACCACCACCGGUCUUGGACCGCGCUUCUUCGCGCUCUUCAUCCAAGCUUCUUCGUACGCCGGCUACACCUGCGUCCUCGGCUGGAUCGCCCCCUCCAUCCCCACGCCCAAGUACAAGAAAGUCGUCGCCUUGGCGCUCAUCAACGCGUUUUCGCAGCUCGGCAACAUCUCGGCUAGCUACGUCUGGCCCAAAAAGUGGGGCCCUAAUUACUGGCAGAGCAACACGAUCAGCGCCGCCAUGUUCGUCGCCUGCAUCAUGCUCGUGCUGCUUCACAGAACUAUGCUCAAGAUCGAGAAUAACAAGCUCGACCUUAUCAAGAACCAGCAGCUCACCAAAGCAUUCGCCCACGACGACCUCUAUGACGCCAAGUCGCAGCUGAAAACGGAUCCAGAGUCGAUCGUGCCAACCGAUGCCGCUUCUAAGAAGCAGAUGUCCAGGAUCGCUAUGGCCAAGAGCUCGUUCCGCUACAUGUUGUAA